AUGUAUGUUUGUCACAAAUACACUUUGAGUAAAAAUUUGCAGAAAAAGUACGUUCCGAAUGUGACGAAUGUUCAAGGUUCAUCAUAUCCGGUAGUAAGCACCCAGUACCCUGUAUUGAACUACGAUUGUAACAUAUCACGAGAAAAUCAUCAUGUUGAAGCAGCGCCAACAGUUCAAAUCGCCAAAAGUGGACCGCCGAAGCAUUGUGAAUAA